AUGAGAAACUGGAGGAACCCAACCAUACACUCUAGAGAUUUAAGGGAAACCCUGCCAUUGCAUACAGAUGUUGACACACUUGUCUUUUUUAGACAGUGUCAAUGUUUUUUUGUCAGUCGGUGUACAUGUGCAAACAGAGCUCCAGCCUCAGGCUCAGUGUUCCUACCAGGUCCGGCAGCAGACAGCGUUCUUCGGAGACACAAGCGUUAUAACACUGGUGUGUUUGAGGAGAUACUUGAAGGAGACAUGGAGAGAGAGUGUGUGGAAGAAACAUGUAACCUGGAAGAGGCGAGGGAGAUCUUUGAGGAUGAUGAGAAGACAAUGGCGUUCUGGGCUGGAUAUAUAGAUGGCAAUCAAUGUAAAUCAAAUCCAUGUCGGAACCAGGGGACAUGCACAGACCAACUUGGCUACUACCUCUGUUCGUGUGCGUCCGGCUUCACAGGCAGAAACUGUGGGAUUACUAUUGCAAAAAGGUGUGAUGUGAGAAACGGAGGCUGUAUGCACUUCUGUGAAUCGAUGGGAACCUUUGGAGCAAAAUGCUCAUGUGCCAGAGGAUACAGGCUGAUGCAGGACGAGGAGAACUGUGAAGCAGACACUGAAUUUCCCUGCGGCAGAACCGCUCUGACAUCGCCCAGCUUAGUGUCCAGAAGGUCUCUGUUCGGCUCUGUGAAUGUGAGCCAUGGGAACAGCACUUCACUGACCGACACCAUCUCUACUACAUUCACUCCUUCAACUUCAGCCAGCACCUUAGAGCCUUAUCCAACGGAUGGCACAGUAGGAUACCGAUCUGUGAAGAAACUGCCCCUGUGGGUGCUCAGAGACACCGAGGCCCCCACUGAAGAGCAGCCUCGGCCUCAUAAACGCAUCGUGGGAGGGAAGGUGGUGCUUCCAGGAGAGAUCCCAUGGCAGGUGGCCUUAAUAGCUCGUCCCAGUGGUCAUUUGUUCUGUGGGGGGUCCAUUCUCAGUGAGAGGUGGGUUAUCACUGCAGCUCACUGCCUGGCAGAGGGUCACAGCUCCUUCUUCGUCAGACUUGGGGAGCAUAACGUCUACAUAAACGAAGGCAUGGAGCAGGAUCAUGAAGUGUUGGAGCAGCAAGCGCAUCCCCGCUACAACGCCAGCAUAAGCUUGUACAACCACGACAUUGCCUUGCUGUACUUGAAAAGCCCCAUCACCUUUUCCACCACAGUCAGACCCAUCUGCAUGGGGCCUAAAGCUUUCAUAGAGGCCUUGGUGAAAGUGGCUUCCCCGGCUACAGUCAGCGGUUGGGGCAGGACACACUUUCAGGGAUUAACAGCUGACAAUUUGCAGAAGGUGGAGGUUCCCUUCACAGACCGGACAGAGUGUAAGCGCAGCAGCAGUGCCAGGAUCACUCCUGUCAUGUUCUGUGCUGGGUACCAUGAUGAGGAAAAAGAUGCCUGUCAGGGGGACAGUGGAGGCCCUCACGCCAACAAGAUACAUGACACCUGGUUCCUGACAGGCAUCGUAAGCUGGGGGGAGGAGUGUGCAAAGGAAGGGAAAUAUGGUGUGUACACCCGGCUGUCUCUUUAUUACCGCUGGAUCAACCAUGUGAUGGGGUUAACUAAACACAGGCUGGCUCUGGAUGUUGAAGAACCUGACCCUGAAAAUUAAACAUGAACAUGAAAACAUUUUCUAUUAAA